GUUCUGAUUUUUGUCUGUACCGAAGCAUGACAUUUCCAUCGUCGUCAUUUGGAAAUUGUACGCGGAAAAGCAGAAUGAUGCUGAGUGAAGAGACAAUUCCAUCGUCGUCAUCUGAUCCCUGGAGCACACCACAAUCACAGAAAGAAAAUUCAAAACUCGGUUGAUUGUCUAAUUCCGCGAAACUUCUCGGAGAAUCGGACGGUUUACAGUUGAUUAAUCAUAUAUUCUCACCAAGCAUAACAAGCUUUUCUGCCUCAAAUGAGCUGACUGAAACAGAGCCUCUCUGCAGGCCGGCAAGCAGCGAAAACCAGAGUCACCAUAACUACGUCACAACUUUCGAAGGGCUUGAAGGGGAAGCCAACACUGUUCACCACCUCCCAAGCGCAUUAAUAAGUCCGAGUUUACAAGAGGCAGCACAGCACCAUUAAUGCGGAAUCAGAGCCAGUGAUUGGUUGCAAAUGCAUCGAGACGUUAACUUCACCAACAGGUCAAGUUGGUGAGGAGGUAGAAGAUGAAACUCCCCAGAGCAACAAGAAGAUAAUUAAAGGAAGCCUCAGUUUCUCAAACAUAGCCAUGGAAUUGCGGCUAGUAUUACUGAAGACAACUUUUAUCUUGCUCUUUAUUCAGUUUGGCCUAGCUCGAGGAAUAUCUUCGAGCUUCGGAAUCGAAAGGGUCGCGCUGCGUCAGCUUCGCUCGUCGUUGGGAAUUCGCAGCAAGUACUGGCCCAUAAAAGCGGAACCGUGCAGGAACUGGACCGGGGUUCGGUGCCAGAACGGGCAAGUCGUUGGGAUCAACUUAUCCGGUUUAAGACGAACACGACUCGGGCUUCACCAUGCUCGUUUCGCGGUGGAUUCUCUUGUCAAUUUCACACUCUUAGAGUCAUUCGAAGCUUCUGGGUUCGUGCUAAAUGGGUCCAUUCCUGACUGGUUCGGACAGCGCCUGCGGACACUCCAAAGGCUCGAUCUAAGUUCUUGCUCAGUCACGGGUCUCAUUCCUCCGUCGCUUGGGAAUUUGAGUGGGUUGAAGUAUCUGAUUCUAGCAGAUAAUAGUCUCACUGGGAGAAUGUCUUCCACAUUGGGGCAAUUAUCCAGCUUAUCGGUUCUGAAUCUCUCAGGAAAUUCGCUUACUGGAUCAAUACCCAACUCUUUCUCGUCUCUUGUCAAUCUCACAAGCCUUGACCUUUCUUCUAAUUUUUUGUCUGGUUCCAUUCCAGCCCAUCUUGGUAACCUUAGUAGGCUUCAGUUUUUGAAUCUUUCCGAUAAUAACUUCAUCGCCUCAAUACCUUACCAACUGGGUAAUCUUUCUCAGUUAAUUAAGCUUGAUCUAAGCAAGAAUUCUUUGUCUGGGCCAUUGCCACGUGAUUUGUUUUCUAAUCUUACUCUCCUACGAAGCCUGUCUCUGAGUAGGAAUGCUUUUGAUGGCUUUCCUUCUCCUGCAUUGUGGUCAAUGAGCCACCUGUUCUUCCUUGAUGUAUCCAGCAACAACCUUACUGGCACCCUGCCGAAAUUUGGAACAAAUGUUAAAUCUACCGGUGCCAUCUUCAACCUCUCAAGCAAUUUGUUCUAUGGAUAUCUUAAUACUUCGUUUAAGAAAUUUAGGAUCAUUGAUUUGUCCAGUAAUUAUUUCCAAGGUAAGGUGCCUGAUCAUGGCUCAAGUAAUAUUAUUCUUGAUACAAAUUGCCUAAUAAUGAGUCCGAAACAAAGGAUUUCUAGAGAUUGUAGACUGUUUUAUGCUCAGAGAAGCCUAAUCUUUUUUGGUGCUCAAGAACCAGCGCCGUCACCUUUGGUCGAAGCAGAGUCCAGAAACAACAAACGAGUGACAUUCAUUUUGGCAGGCACAUUUGGUGGGCUUGUGUUUAUUGUAAUUCUAGCAUUGGUCCCGGUAUUGCUUCUAGGAAAAUGUGGUAAUAGCACUGAAACUCGAAAAAGGGAAGCAAAAGAGGGACCCGUUCAAGAAGGGGAAAGUCCUAUGCCUCCUAAGAAUCCUAUGUUAGACAGCGAAAUGGGAGAAUCAUUUAGUUAUGAGCAAAUACUCUAUUUGACUGGUAAUUUUGCUGAAGCUAAUAUCAUCAAGCAUGGUCAUUCCGGAGACCUUUUUAAGGGAACCCUGGAAGGUGAAGUGAGCGUGGUUGUGAAAAAGGUAGACUUGAACUUAGUCAAGGGAGAAUCGUUCAAAUUGGAAUUGGAAUUGCUAAGCAAGGUUUCGCAUAAAAGAUUGGUGCCGCUGCUGGGGCACUGCUUGGAGAAUGAGAAUGAGAAAUUUUUAGUUUACAAGUAUAUGCCAAAUAGAGAUUUGGCUACUUGUUUGCACAGAGUGAGUGGCUCUGAUGAUAAAGAACCGCCCCUGGAUUGGAUCACCAGGUUGAAAAUUGCAAUAGGAGCUGCUGAAGGCCUAUAUUACAUGCAUGAGUGUAGCCCUCCCCUUGUCCAUAGAGAUGUCCAAGCAAGUAGUAUACUUCUUGAUGAUAAAUUUGAAGUUAGACUUGGAAGUUUGAGUGAGGUUACUGUCCAGGGAGAUCUUCACCAGAAUGUCAUCACAAGGUUAUUUCGCAAGUCACAAUCUUUUGAUCAAAACAAUUCAGGUUCAUCAUCUGCGGCAUGUGCUUAUGAUGUAUACUGUUUUGGGAAGGUCCUGCUUGAGCUCGUUACCGGUAAGCUUGGAAUUAGCAAGACAAAUGAUGCCAACACAAGAGAGUGGAUAGAGCAAACAUUGUCUUAUAUAAGCAUACAUGACAAGGAACAGAUGACAAAGAUGGUAGACCCAUCUCUUAUUGUGGAUGAGGACCUGUUGGAAGAGGUAUGGGCUAUGGCAAUUGUGGCCAGAUCAUGCCUCAACCCCAAGCCUUUUAAACGCCCUCUAAUAGGGCAUGUCCUAAAAGCACUGGAAAAUCCUUUGAAGAUAGUGAGGGAAGAAUAUAAUAGUAGCUCAGCCAGGUUGAGAACAACUUCAUCCAGGAGAUCUUGGAGCACAGCAUUCUUCGGUAGCUGGAGACAGAGCUCGUCAGAAAGUGCCACUGCAACUGCGAACAAAGAGGUUAUUACUGCCAGUGGUUUUAAACAAACAGGAAGAGUAGGGUCUCAGGGUAGUGGUGGAAAUGAUCACUCUUCUUCCCACAAAAGGUUGUCCAGUGAAGUUUUCCCUGAACCAUUGGAAAUUCAAGAGGUGGAAACUGGGGGCGCAAAAUAAGCAUCCAUUAAAGGUGGAUUUGGUGAUUCUCCUUUGGUUAGGCUUUCCGCGUAUAGCUUAUUUUCCGGAUCGCCGUUGUCUAAGCAAUGUAAAUCAUGCUACUUACACAAAAGGACUCUUGACGCAAUCAACCUCUUGUCUUCUCA